UGGAAGGAUAAAAAAUAUUGAUGUUGUUUGGUUAAUGUUAUGGUGCAGAAUUUCGUCAACAAUGACCGAUUAAAUACCCUUCUUUGAUAUAUAAAUAAUUUGUGAGAAAUGGGCAACUGUUUCAAAACACCUAGUACGGACGAUAUUACGCUGUUACAUGACAAUGACAGCCAAGAUGGUACUCAGCAGGCAGCUCCUGUUCCAGUUGGACCUCCACCACCAUAUCAGGAGCGAGCUCCAGUGUAUUAUCCAUCACCCAAUGUCAGUCGGCCAGCUAAUAUGCUUACAGAAGAUGAACAGAUAAAGAUUGCCCAGCGAUUAGGUCUAAUAAGUCAUUUACCUACAGGAGUUUAUGAUGGCUGUAGUAAACGAGGAAAAGAGUGUGCAAUUUGUAUGUGUGAGUUUGUUAUGGGUGAAGCCUUACGCUAUUUACCAUGUAUGCAUGUGUACCACAAAGACUGUAUAGAUGACUGGUUAAUGAGAUCUUUUACGUGUCCAUCGUGUUGUGAACCAGUAGAUGCUGCACUUCUAACAACGUAUGAAACUAAUUGAAGAUGGUACAUACUUAGUUAUAACAUUCGGUGCUACUUGGAUGAGGGAAUAAUUUGUUAACAGACUGUGAUCUCACAAAGGAAGAUAAUAAAAUGGGCUUUCAAUAUUGUUGCAAUUUAAAUGUUGCAGAAGAUUAAGAAGUAGAAUGUAUUCUGAGUUUUGUUAUAAUGUGAAGGAAAGACAUUUUUAGUCCGUAAAUUUUCCAUUAGAUUAGAAGUUGUGUAAAAUGGCAGUCAAACAUUAUUUUUGUUUUAAAAAAAAAAUGAUCUAGAGUAAUAUCAUAAGAUUUGCAAUACAAAGGCAAAUUUAAGCUUAUUUUCAGAAAAAAAUACUUGUGCAAUGAAAACUUAUGCAUAUAGUUGAAUGUCUAGUUUGAGUAUAUGUGUGUGAUAAUGUACAUUUGUGAUUGUAUAUAUGUAACAAGUGAUAUAGGUCUGUUUGUGUGCAAGUGCUGAAGUGUUAUAUUUCAUGUUUUUGUUUGUGUGUUAGUGCUAGUGUGUUCUUUAUCAUGAUGAACUUUAUUUCAUAUAUGAAUGCAUUAAAAGACAUUUUUUUUAAUUAAAGACAGUUUUUGCAUUCCAAAAUGAUUGAUUAUUUCUUAUUUUUCUUCAAUAUACAUCUUCAGUUUUGUCUGGAGAAAAAUGAUAGAACUUUUCUUAUUCAAAAAUUCUUUCGGUUUAGUUCUUAUUAUUCGGUUAUAGCUCUUAAUAUGAUGAAUUUAAUACAAAAAAAUUCCAAGUUUCA